AUGUCUGCUGCCGCCCCGGUCAAGACCUCUGUGCCCAGCGCCAAGGAUGUGCUCGUCCCCGAGACCCUUCUGAAGAAGCGGAAGGCCGACUCGAAGCUCCGCGAGGAGAACCAGGCCAAGGCCCUCGAGCUCCGCAAGGCCCGGAAGCAGAAGCGCGCUGUCAUCUUCAAGCGCGCCGAGCAGUACGUCAAGGAGUACAAGGCUGCGGAGCGUGAGCAGAUCCGUCUGCGCCGUCUGGCUAAGUCGAAGGGUGACUUCUUUGUCCCCACCGAGCCCCGCGUUGCCUUUGUGGUCCGUCUCCGCGGUAUCAGCAACAUCGCCCCCAAGCCCCGCAAGAUCAUGCAGCUCCUCCGUCUUCUGCAGGUCAACAACGGUGUCUUUGUGAGGCUCACCAACGCUACCCAGCAGAUGCUCCAGCUCAUUGAGCCCUACGUGGCCUACGGUGAGCCCAACCUCAAGACCAUCCGCGAGCUCGUGUACAAGCGUGGCUACGCCAAGAUCAACCGUCAGCGUAUCCCCAUCACCGACAACGCCAUCAUUGAGGAGCACCUCGGCAAGUUUGGCAUCAUCUCGGUCGAGGACCUCGUCCACGAGAUCGCCACUGCUGGCCCCAACUUCAAGGCCGCUAACCAGUUCCUGUGGCCCUUCCAGCUCUCGAGCCCCAACGGUGGCUUCAAGAAGCGCAAGUUCUUGCACUUCAUCGAGGGCGGUGACGCUGGUGACCGCGAGUCUGACAUCAACCGCCUGGUUCGCCGCAUGAACUAA